AUGAAUUACGGCAAUAAUCCUACGUCUCGAGCUGUUUUUCCCGAACAGCGUCGAGAAAAUCGCAACUCUAAAUGGGUUAUACAGCGUCCCUUCAGUAAUCAAGCUGAGAUCAUGGAUUCAAAAGCCACAGCAGAGGAUGUUAUAGCUGCAAUGCUAUCAGCAUCAGCAUCUCCUCCUUUCUUUAAUGGUUCACCGCCUAGCCGACCGAUGAAUCCAUUGAUUCAUGAUGUUCGCUUUGUAAAUUAUGGAAAACAAUUCAACAGUUUAUCAUCAUCAACAACAAUCAGUGCAUCUACAAGGCCAAAAUUACUUGGACAAAAUACUCAAGCACCACCUAGAAUUGAGGGCUUUGAUUCCUCAAAACUCUCAUCUGAGUCAUCAGUAUGA